CACACACACACGCACACCCACACACACACACACACACACUCAACUGGUUUGUCAAGUUACUGAACGGGUAGCCGAAUAAACACCAUGGUGGGAGUGGAGCGCGGGUCUGAACAGGAGAGGGUGUGAUCCCUCUGCCAUUGGUCGACGAGGAGGCCGACAGCCGCACGCAGAUCAAGACUUUAAGAGGAGAAGAAGAAAUGGCUCAAAAUGUUAACUUUGACCUGAACCACCCGCUCAUGGAAGCUGGACUGGAGAGCCCAGUAGACGAGGAAGGCGUUCACGACUCGUUCAGCCAGCUGAUCGAAGAGCAGAGUCAGAACGAAGGACCGUCUGACGCCUUCGAGCUGCAGCAGCUGCAGAGGCGACUGGACGAGGAGGAUCGAGACAAUGUAGCCUACCUGGAGGAUGAGGAAAGACAGGGAGACCCCCUCCUGGGUGAACGUUGGUCCUCAGACACCAUGAGGAUCCUGUCCUCCAUGCCCAGUCGCACAAUCGGUCGCAGCCGGGGAGCCAUCAUCUCUCAGUACUACAACAGGACCAUGCAGCUCCGGAGACGCAGGCAGAGCAGACCCGCCAUCCGGGACUUCUCUCGCUCUGCCAGGCCGAGCAUACGAGGCUACGGCAUGGAGGCGGACAGCACGGACGCAGAGGGCGCCGAGGCGAGUAAGAAGGAACGUUUGGUGAACAACCUGCAGAACCUGUCGGUGAGCGACAGAGUCGGGAUGCUCAGAGCGAUGCCUCUCAGUGUGGCUGAGAAGAGUGAACUCAGGAGGUUAGCUUUACAAAAGGAGAAAAGGACAAUUACUGGCAGUCAAAUCCCCUGUUGCAGUCAACUCAAAUAUUACAUAAUCAUUGGUGCCAGACAGAGUUGGUACAGCUGGCUGUCCUUCCUGCACUCCCUGCAGCUGUGGCAAGUGGCGCUGAAGAGAGUGAGCGGGCGCUUCGGCACUGGCGUCCUCUCGUACUUCCUGUUCCUUAAGACCCUACUCUUCUUCAACUUCUUCUUGUUCCUGGUGACGGGUGCCUUCAUGGUGCUGCCUCAGGCGGUGCACCCUCCGGUGCUGCCCGAGGCGUGGAGACGCUCCUUCUCUGGACUGGAGCUCCUCACCGGAGCGGGCUACUUCUCCGACACAGUGAUGUACUAUGGGUACUACUGUAACUACACACUGAGUAGGAGCUGCAAGGAUGAUGAUGGAGGGCACAACGUCUCUUCGUCCAAUGGAACCAGGGUGGACUGUGGACUCUCUUACAACAUGCCGCUGGCAUACUUUUUCACCAUAGGAGUGUCUUCCUUCAUCACGUGUAUCAUUCUUGUGUACAGCAUGUCGAAGUCGUUCGGUCAGAGCUUCCGAAUCGACACCUCUCACAGCAUUUUGGCCAUGAAGGUCCUCUGCUCCUGGGACUUCAAGGUCAUUAAGAAAACAUCUGUCAAACUCAUGUCUGAGAACAUCUGCACCCAGCUCAAGGAGCUGCUAGCGGAGGUGAAUCAUAAGGACGUCAAGAAAACUGUGGGCCAGAAUCUGUGGAGAGCGAUGGUUCAUGGCCUGGCGUGGGCCAUCUGUAUAGCAAGCACCACUGCCUGUGUGCUCGCUGUUUACUACUUCUCUGGUCACAUGCAUCAGAACCUCCAGCAAAGUUCACGUAGUGUCCCCCAGAACCCCUUGAGCCUGCUGGCUCUCCCCGCGGUGGUCUCCCUCAUCAACCUGCUGCUGCCCGGCCUGUUCAACCUCGCAGCCUGGAUGGAGGACUACGACUCGCCUUCAGUGCGCACAUACGUCGCCAUCGGCAGAAACUUGAUGUUGAAAGUCAGCGUGCUUGGAGUCCUGUGCUACCACUGGCUGGGUCGGGUGGCUACUGAUCCUAAAAGCAUUGGACUGAAGUGCUGGGAGAGUUUUGUUGGCCAGGAGCUUUAUCGUUUCCUACUCAUGGAAUUCAUCUUCACUCUACUGGACACCUUGUUUGGAGAGUUUCUUUGGAGGUUGUUUUCUGAGAAGGUGCUGAAGAGGAGGAGGAAGCCAGUGUUUGAUAUCGCCAGGAACGUCCUUGAGCUCAUCUACGGACAGACGUUGGCCUGGUUGGGUGUUCUCUUCACUCCUCUCCUGCCCGCGGUGCAGAUUUUCAAACUCCUGCUGCUGUUCUACAUUAAAAAGAGCAGUGUGAUGAUGAACUGUCAGGCCCCCAGGAAGCCAUACAGAGUCAGCCAGAUGACCACCGUCUUCAUCACUCUCCUCUGCUUCCCCUCCUUCCUCGGUGCCUCUGUGUGUGUCACGUACACCAUGUGGAGCCUCACUCCCUCCUCAUCGUGCGGUCCGUUCCGUGAGCUCAAAACGAUGUUCCAGGCGGGGAAGCGAUGGGUGCAAGCGCUGGAAAAAGAUAACCCCAACCUGUCCUGGCUGGCCACGGCUCACUCCUACCUGGUGGAAAACCCUCUCUUUCUGUUUGUGGCAGCAGGCAUCUUCCUGAUUGUCAUCUACUUCCACAGUCAGGUGGUGGACGGGCAAAGAAAGAUCAUCGGAUUACUACAGGAGCAGAUAGAAAAUGAGGGAGAGGAUAAGAAGUUUCUGAUCACUCGCCUCCAGUCGAUCCACGAACAGAAACGAACCCCUGCUCGAAGACUCGCCAGUCAGGACUCCCGAUGUUGAGAUCCUCCAGUUGAUAAAGAUGCUCAAUUCUAUGAGCACUGAUGUCUGGAGAAACCUCAAACCAGCUUGGCUAUAACUGGAAUAAUAAAAAGGAACGACAACACUAUAUAUCACCAAAUCCAAAUGUAUUAUUCAUUUUAAAUUUGGCUACGAAUUUACUGGCAAAACAAACCAAGUGAAGACAUCGGGUGACACAAAGCUGUCUGCUUUAUACAGUCCUGUUUAUAGAUGAAAGGCCGGAACUCAAACUUUAGGAAGUCAAAUGUUACAGACGGACAGAAAAAGUGAUGUUAAUCAGUUCACGUGGAUUUCAGUCAUCUCUCGUAAAAAGCACUUUCAUAUCAACUGUGAACAAAUAGUUUUUAAUAUUUCUUGUGCAAAACACUGUAUGUAUGCUACAAUGUUUUUUUUAAUGCUUUGAAUUUGUUUUAAAUCAUUUUAUUGGUAUGCAUGUUGUACAUUCGGUAACGUUGGGAUGUUGUGGAUGUGAGUAUGAUAAUACUGAAAAUGAAAUCUUGUUUUUCCAUUUUAUUUUCCCGGUUUUCUGAGUUUCUCCUUUAGGGUGACAGCUGCCACUGUAUUGUCAUACUAUAGUGAUUAAAUUAUGUUUUAUCAUA